GCAUAUCUGAUAUUAGCAUCAAACAAACAAUAUAAUUCAAUCAUUUUUAUUUUUAGUUAACAAUAACAGCACUGUUUUUAAAGAGUGUAUAGUCAUAUUUUUCCAAUUUAAACUGAUAAAUCUUCAUAAUGUCAUAAGUAUUAUAGUCAUUCCAGUCUGAUUUGAUAGUUCUUGACCUUCUGCAUCAGUUUGCAGAUGGCACAGGAGACCACAGGACACUUUGAGGCUGAGCAAUCCCACAAUGCAGUGCUGCUGAGAGUGGAUGAGAUGGAGAGAGUGGUAGAGAGGGAGAGAAGACAGGGAGGCUCUGAAGGCAGAUCAUGGCAAACUGCAGCAGAGUUCCACCGUUUCCCUGGAGACGGCUGUCAAUCAUCAGCAGAUGCUGGAACGCAGCAUCCAGAGGCUUCAGGGGGAGCUCAGCUGUGCCGUGAAAGAUGGAGAGACCCUGAGAGAAGAGAGAGAUCGGAUAAAGAGGAAGAUGAACUCUGCAGUCAUUUUGCUGAAAACACAGCUGUCAGAGAUCAAGGUGGAGUUGUGCAUGGUGAACUCAGCACUGCAGAAACAGAAGGAGGACAACAAGGAGCUGAUGGAGAGCCUUGCAGCCUUGGAGCAUCAGCAGGUAACUCAUCGUCAGAUUGAACAGAUGCUUUGGGACUUGACAGACAGCGAGAACAAACUGGCCUACGAGAAGGGCAAGCUGCAGGCACGAGUGCAGCAGAUGGCCACUGACCUGAAGACAUUGAAAGCAGAAUGUACUCAACACUGUCAGACACAACACUGUCAACACUGCGCUGCAGAACACUUACACACAGACGCAGAGAGAAAUCAGACACUAAAAGAGCAACUCUGUGCACUACAGCAACACCACAGAGACAUGAAUGAAGUAGCACAAACUCUGGAGAACGUCUUGUCGUCUCACUCUCGUCUGCAGCAGAACACACAGACACUGUAUGCAGAGCUAAGAGAAAGAGCACAGGAACUACACACACUCAGUAGAGAGGUGUGUGUGAGAGAGACUACAAGAGGACAAACGUCUGAUCAAAGGAUCAGGGUCAGUUCAACUUAACAGGGGACUCGUUUUUUGUUGCACUAGCUAAUAUGGCAGGACUUGUGGCAUGGAUGUAGGGAGCAUUACCCAAAAGUUUUCAGUGUAUCUCAUUGUAGCAGUGCUGUUUUCACAGUGAGCAUGUUUAAAGGAAUAGUUCAACCAAAAAUGUACAUUUUUUGGAAAUGUACACACCCUCAUAAAAUCAAA